AUGCAAGUCUUCUCUGUCGCCCUGCCCCUGGCCGCCCUGGUCAGCGGCAUCUACGCUGCUCCCGGUUGGGAGUCAGCACCAGCUGGUGAUGCCUGCUUGGCCGCUGUCACUGGCACCGCCGCCCUCGGCGAUGCUGGUCUCCGUGCAUUCCACUGCAAGAGCUAUCUCGCCACCACCGUCACCCCCGCUCCCGUCGUUGAGACCGUCACCAUCACCGCGGAUGGCGCUGGUAAGGAUGGAUGGAAGCGAGGAACCGUGAUUGUCUGCCCCAACGAGGUCCCCAACUACGCCAGUGCCUGUGAUGAUGCUCAUUAUACCAGCGCUUGCUCCAAGUUCGGCUUCACCAACAUCAUCACCACCACCGUCGCAGCACCCACCACCACCAAGACCGUCUGGGUUAAGCCCACCGGUGGAGUUGUCGUCUCUGGCACCACCUGCCCAGCUGCUGGCACCGUUACAAAGACCGUUUCUGGCUCAGCCUGGGGUGGUAAGGAGACUGUUACCGUCUCCGUCCCUCUCUCUGGAUCUGCUACCGUCAUCACAAAGACCGUCACCGUGUCCGGCGCCUAUGGAUCUCACACCGUCCCCACUGUCACUGUUUCUGGUACUUGCACCGCUCCAUCGCACUACACCACCACCACCGUCACCACUACCACCACCAGCGCUGUCCCAAGCAAGUGUGUUGUUACUGAUGCUUUGGCAUCUGAUCUCGUUGACGGCUUCAUCACCCUGUUGGAGUUCACCGAUUACAAGCAACCCCCCAACAGCACCUUCCCUCCUCCAGGCCGAGGCUACAAGAUCGAUGUCUCCAACAAGAUCCUGAACGAUAAAUUCCAAGAUAUCUCCGACUCCAUUAACUUCAUGGCUGGCAUCCCUCUCGGCAGCAUCACAUUCCCCAGCAAGGGUGCGUUCGAUGCUGGCCAAGGUUCCCAACCUGAGGUUACCGUCAAGACCUUGAACCUGUGGCACGAUUGCACCACCAUCACCUGGAGAUGGGUCAUCACAUCCACUACUUUCCCCGUCGUCGGCAUCAACCGAUUCACCGUUGGCGAUGAUGGCAAAUUCAUCCGCAACUACGCCGAAUUCGACAGCGGCGCUUGGCUACAGUCUUUCCGCCAAGUGUGUGCCAUCAACGGCCCACCAACACCACUGCCAAUCGAUUCAUUCGCAACCAAGUAA